CUGUACAUAUCACGCAUGAUGUCACUUAAAUACCCACGAUGUUAAAGCAUUUUUAUACAUGAAACGAAGACUUUAGAUCUCUUAGUCUAUUUCUGAAAGCUUCAACUGACAUUCCCCUAUUCUUAACAGUCAUUUCUAUAACAGAAUACCCCAGUUUCGAACCAUAAAAUCGUCCCGAUAUUCUGGUGAUGUAAUGAUUAGCCGGUAGUUUCCCGGAAUUGCGGCUAAAAUUCAUGUGAAAAGGUUUGGGAAAUCCCUGUGACUUGUAAACAGCUUGUGUCUAUGCAGUCAUAAACAACGCAGAGCUGAGCGGUUUAUCAUUCGGUGUUUGCAGUCGAACGUGAAUACACAACCGAAAAUUGAAAGUACGUUUCCUUUGUAACGAGGCAGCAUUUUCGAAAUCGUUUAAAGUUGCAUUCUCUUAACUGAGACACUGGUGUAUACAACUAGAUUCGUCGAUUCACAUUUCAUCGCUGAGCAAGAAGGAAGUUGUUGAUAGGGCGUGCAAGAUUACGUUUAAACUCUUUGCUGCUGUGUCUUUUAAACGUUUCGAUUGAGGCUGAAAAGUGAGCUACAUUACGACAAACAGUUAAAGAUGCCUAUUGAACGACUUCGUAUGCGACCAUGGCUUGAAGAUGCCUUGAAUGAAAAUAAAUUCCCAGGAGUAGAAUGGGUUGAUAAAGACGCUAAAAUCUUCCGUCUCCCGUGGAAGCAUGCUUCACGAAAUGGCUGGAAAAUCAACACUGAUGCGUGCUUGUUUCGUGCCUGGGCUGAGCACACAGGAAAGUAUAAAAGCAAUGAAGCGCCGAACCCAAAAACUUGGAAAGCAAACUUUCGUUGUGCGCUGAAUUCUUUGCCAGACAUGGAGGAAAUGGUGCAUCAACGUAUGACGAAGGGCAAUGAUGCUUUCAAAGUCUACAAAAUUAACAACGACGUAGCAAAGAAGAACUACUCUUCUAAAAAAUUGAAAGGCCGCAACCAGCGCAAGAAGAAGGCGUUUUCGAAGGAAAGAAACCUCCGAAGAGACCCCAAAAUCAAGAAAAUUAACUCGGAAACAGAUGCGGAACAAAGCCAGUCGUAUGAUGCCAGCUGUAGAGCGAAUGUAACAUCGGAAUAUCUUUGCAAUAUUCCUCAGAUGAUCAACGAUACACAUUUAGUGGAUCACGACUACGCCGUGACGAGAUAUUUCGAUAUUUACAACGAAACUUCUGACGAAGAUAUGAAGGAAGUUUUUGAUGUUCCGGACAGUACAGUAGUCAAAACAGAACCACAAUCACCGAAACGCCUCAGAGAUGAAGAUGAGUUCUCGUUGUAUGAAGAAAACGGACUCGAUUCCAGGAGAAGCGAGACUUCCUGCAUCAAAGAAGAGGACAAAAUAAUGUCAGACGAUGAAGUUGUUGAGCUCAUCCAUGAGAUGUCGAGUGAUAGUGGAUCAAGUUGUGGCUCAGUCGAUGCGGCGAUGGAUGAAUUACUGGAACUAGUGGACAGUGAUUACUCAAGACAAUCGAAGACGAAGGAGAGAGCAAACAGCGCUCCGGCAGCGAUGAUUGAAGCACCUCAACUUACAACAGUCUUCUGUCCUCUACCUUCGAAAAUUCCUCGAAGUAGUUCAGCAACAGAUAUUCCAGAUAUGCUUUCAUUGACACCGCAGGAUUUACUACAGAGUUGUCUGGCGUAGACCAACAGUAUUUUAGCAUGUAAAUACGCACACACUUCUUGUAAAAAACAACGAUUUUGGUGUUUGCACCCCACGAGAAAUUACAAGUUCUUUGGUUGAUAUUCAAUUUGAUGGUAAACUGUCCCAGUUAUUUUACAGAAGACACAAAAUAACAACCUUGGUUGUGGGCCGUGUGACGGCUGAAACGUACACAAGGAAGUUAGUGAUGAAGAAGACAGACGAAUUAACGAAAUUAACUUUAUCGUAACAGCCAAAGACACGGUUUUCAAACGAUUGCAAUCGUUUUUGCUAGAACACAAGCUCUCCAAACACGAAAAUUUAGUGCAUGUUAUGUUCAUAUGGUGCUCAAGAACUAUGUAUCUUAAACAAUCUCGCUUUCGUUAACAAAACACGUAUCAAUAAUUUUGUUUAUUAUUUCAAUGAUUCACCCAAUUCAUUUUAAUUGUGAUUUACAUACACAAUGCAUCUUGAUUGGUAUAUAUUGAUUAUGUAUUGUAUAGUUAGAAAUAGUUAGACAUGAUUGUUAAUAAACUAUGUAUAAUAA